AUGGUUGCUUAUAGAUUACCAUCACCUGCUCCUUCUAGUACUAAUACUACUAAUUGUUUCCCUCAUAAUAAUAAACGGAAAAACAGUUUAACCUUUCAUGAUGAUACCAAUACCAAUGCCAAUGCCAACAAUUAUGAACAUUAUAUUGAUGAUGAACGUAUAGUGAAAAAUUUAACUAAACCUGAUCAAAUUACUUCGGAAACUGAAUGGCCACAAUUCAUUCAUCCCGAUGGUGGUAUAAUAAAAAUCACUCCUUGGGGUACAUUAAGACAAUUUGUUGACCCUAAAACUAAUGAAACAAUAACAAAAUUUGAAGAUUGUAGUUUAGAAGAUUAUUCAUUUAAACUGGAAUCAAUUGAAAAAUUAUAUCAAACUCCAAAUACUCCACAAUCAAUAUAUCAUAAUGCUGGACAAGAUAAUAUAAUACAUACACCUCAUAAUGGGAAUAGAAAUUUGAGUGGAUUGAUAAUUAGUCCAGAAAGUGAAGUUGAAGGGUACGUUGUGGAUGGUUAUAGACAACAACAACAACAACAACAACAACCACAACAACAGCAGCAGCAGCAUCAACAAUUUCACCAACAACGCGAUUGUUUUGUGCCAGAACACGAAAACUAUUUUGGAAUGACUGAUGAUACUGUAAAAUUAGAAGAUGAAAUUGAUUCUAGUUUUAAUAUCGAUGAAGAAAUGUUAUAA